AUGACAGAGGAGAAAUCAAAGGCUGAGGUUCAAAUGUUGCAGGCAGUCCAACAUGCAACCAUUGCUACAGUGAUGACAGAACAAGUUCAACAAUAUGCUAGAUCAACCAUGACCAGUAUUAGGAAGAAUUUCCUUGAUGACAGUGAAAGAAGAGCAAAACGUACCAGAUUUUGUAAGGAUAGUAAUGAUGGUGACGGUACCAAAGAUAAUCCUUUUUUUGUAUCAAAUGAGGAAUCAUCCAAUGAUGAAAAUGAUGGUGAUCUUUUUUUUCAUCCAUCUUCAUCAAGUAGUCUUUCUGAUGCUCCAGAUCUUUUUAGUUCUGAAAUUAUUUCAGAUGUGCAUAAUGGCAUCUCAAGUGAUAAAAACAACCAAGCAUCUUUGCCAUCUACGCAAGUUUCACAUGAUCUAGUAAGAACAGAGCACCCAUUACAAACAUUACAGUGUAUUCUUAAAUCUGAAGAGAAUUUCACCAAUAUAUGGAAUAAAUAUUUGCUCAAGAUUGAUUUGCAUCCAUGGAGGGUGGAAUAUGAUUGUAUUGUUGAAAAUGAUGAAGAAUCUUUGUUGCAGAAUGAACUUGCAAGUAAAAGAAGCGUCAUCUCACAUCCUUCAACCACUGAAGCCAUGUGGAGCACAAUAAUGAGUUUUGUAACAGGGAAAGCCAUACGCUUGGACACUAACAAAAUUCUAAUUGAUUGUCCUUUGCAAUGUGAACAGGAUAGUAAUGAUGGUGACAGUACCAAAGAUAAUCUUUUUUUUGUACCAAAUGAGGAAUCAUCCAAUGAUGAAAAUGAUAGUGAAAUAGUUCUUUUUUUUCAUUCAACUCCAUUGGGCGGUAUUUCUGAUGCUCCAGAUCUUUUUAGUUCUGAAAUUAUUUCUGAUGUGCAAAAUGGCAUCUCAAGUGAUAAAAACGACCAAACAUCUUUGCCAUCUAUGCAAGUUUCACAUGAUCCAGUAAUAACAGAGCACCCAUUACAAGCAUUGCAGUGUAUUCUUAAAUCUGAAGAGAAUUUCACCAAUAUAUGGAAUAAAUAUUUGCUCAAGAUUGAUUUGCAUCCAUGGAGGGUGGAGCAUGAUUGCCAACAACUAUGUCCUGCAGAAGAAAGUUUAUUGAGAAGACUUAAACCCAUUUUACAAAUGGCUAAAAAUGAUAAAGAAUCUUUGUUGCAGAAGUUUGCACAGGUAUGGAUAGAUAUAGGUAAAGGAGGCAUCACCUUAUUUGAGCAAUAUGCAUUACUGGUUAUCCAUAUUUUUGUUAGUGAACUUACAAGUAAAAGAAAUGUCAUCUCACAUUCUUUGACCACAGAAGCCAUGUGGAGCACAAUAAUGAGUUUUGUAACGGAGAAAGCUGUGUUUACAAUGGGACAUAAAGGGGAUGGAGCAGGACUGUCAAAUGAUGGACAUGAAUGCUUUGUUUUGGAAAUAUCUUAUGAAGAUUUUUAUAAGUUGCUUCAAGAAAUGAGAGACAUGGUCGCUUCUGCAAAUGAGGUAUGGAACUGUUUAGAAAGCCAAUAUGAAACCAUCACUACGCUAGAAUCAUCUGAUGAUGGAGAUAACUUCACAAAGGUGUCCCCUAUGAAGCCAUCAAGAUGUAUUGAUAUGAAUAUAACUCAAAAAUUUCACUGA